UAUCGUGCCUUCGGUAACUUACCCAACGCAUUGCUUUACCAUUACCUAUUUAACCCAGCCGUUUUCUAGUCGUAAUAACAAACAGCCGGAGUAAGAAGGAGUUACUUUGAUGAAACGGUGAAAUCUAGCCAGUGUGCUUGUGAAGUGGUACCGCCAGUACCGCUUCUCAUAGCUCGUAUCGCCGGUGCUAUCGCUUGCACUCCGAGAACGACAGUGAAAGGCAACAACGGCAACGGUGGUUGUGAUUGCAGCGGUUCAGUUUGUGUUUGUGCGUUGCAUAGUAGUUGAGUAGCAGUAGUAUUGUACUCUGUCAAAACCCAGUGGUCGUAUAAUUCAGUGAGGACACGAUACUACAAUUUGAAAACAAGUAUUCGUCGAAAUCAUUGCUACAAUGGGAAUCCCGAAGCUCUCAAGUGGAGUUGCUUGCUUUUUGCUCUGGCUCUUCGUUGUUCGUAGCGUGCAAGUUUGUGUUCUGGCAAAUACUAUAGGGCAACAGGAGAAGUCUAGAAAAACUGAAGAACCAGGAAGCACAACUUCAUCAGCCACAGUUCCUCUUCAAAGCAUCAGCACAAAGGGCACUCAAAGAGGGACAACACAUGAUGGAAAGAGUGCAUCAUAUGAUAUCACUGCUGACAAGGCCGGAAGUAAAGUUGACCAAAAUAGGGCUCCUGUUGAGGACCACAUUGAUCACAUUGAGGAGGAAAGUGCAAAAAAUCUUAAAGGUGACAUGGGCAAAGGAAGUGGUGCAGCUACAGGCUUAGUUAGUGAUGGGCUUCAGCAGGUGGCAGCAACACAGCAGGAGCAGCAACACAAAAAUGAUGGCGGACAAUCUGACAGCAGAAAGAAAUCGUCUGUUAGCACAGUGGACUCAUCUAAUGUGGACAAGGAUGAUGGAGUUAAAGGUCCAGCACCUAAAGUCAUGGCUGAUGAGCAAAAUGCUGCAAAUAAUUUGCAAAAAAUUGAAACCAGCAAGAAUAUCGGCAAAAAGCAUCUUGAAAACAACUUGGAAUCACCUGUGAGUGGUAGCCAACCCCAAGGAAAUCCCAAAGUUGAGGAGACAACAGCAGCAACUACUCCGAAGGUUACUGCAUCUGCACAAACUAGCACUCGUGGGACAAAACCUCUGCCAACUCAACCUCCUCAAGGACAAGGACAGCAGAAGGAUACGGAUGCAUCAUCUGGUCAAUUGAAAGACUUGGGUGGAAUGCCUCCUGCUUCUAAUCCAGGCAACCUUGAAUACGGCAAUGCGAGGGAGCCUGACUCUGAAGAGGAGCUUGAGCCACCCUUGCCAACACAGAAGGGACUGGCCUCUGUGGCCAGUGGAUCAGCAUCUCUGGGUGCUCAGCCCAUUGUGGGUUCUAUGGGAGGUAGCCAUCCAGAAAAGCCCCUUGAUGCCUCUGGAGCUGCUGGCAGCAUGCCUUCCCUGCCAUCCCAGGACGACAGCCAUUUUUUCGCCUACUUCUUGACUGCUGUGGUGCUUUGUGUGGUUGGGUACUUGGCCUUCCACAACAAGCGCAAGAUUCUGGCUCUUAUACUGGAAGGCAGACACGAGCGCCAGCGGAGGCACAACGGGCACUACAGAAGACUGGACAAUACUGAUGAAGCAUUGUCUGCUCGCAAGAGUCGUGGCAGCUUUUAGGAACAAGGACCUCACUCUAGUCACAUUACUGCAGAUCCUUUUAAUCACUGGCAGCAGGAGCUGUACAUGCCGACCUUCGUGCAAGAAUUCGUGGCGACUUACAACUGUAGGAUACUAUAUUUGCUGACUUCCCUGCCUUAGCCAUAACCUUUCUUGCCCCUUAUUCAUUUUGUUUUUGCCUGAAGAGAAGCUUUGUGGAAUGAUAGCAUAGGUAUGUCAAGAUGGUGAACUGGCAUAGACAGUGGUUCAGCAUUCCUGGUAUUCCACUCCAGAUUCUGUGCUUGACAAGAGCUUGUGACUGUCUGAGCAGCGUACAUGUCAGGUUUAGUGUACAGGUCUAGUCACAAACUCUAGUCAAUCAUGGUUCUGCAAGUUGAACCUUAAUGAUUUCAGUUUCUGUCGUUGAAAUCAAUGUCGUAGUAUGCUUGGUUUUGCUGCCCACAGUGCUGAUGUCUUGUGUGUAGGCCCUUGUAAGGCAUGUAAGCACAUUGGUGUUUGCUUUGUGCUGUGAGACUGUGAAACAUGUGCUCAACUUGUAGUGUUUAGGGUUUUUAGAGUCAUGAAUACUUUCACAGAGAACUUUUAAGUGCUGCAUGUAGCUCUGAGGUUGGUCCGCUGGUAUCUACUAGAUGAACCAACUCUAUGCCUGCAUUUCUGGUCAGUACAGUGAACCUCAUUGGGACCCACCAUAUCUUGUUCUUCCCAGAAGAUAAUGCCACCACCACCACAAACUACAACACAUAUGCUUAUAUAUUGAUAUCUCUUAAGAUGUUGGAAUAGAAGGCACAAAAGCUAUAAAGGUUCACACACUUCUUACCUAGAAGCUAAAACAAAGUAUCAAACAAGAAGCAAUAGGUUUGACUUCUUUUGCUUCUGCUGGUAGCGUAAAUUCUGUCCUACUCAUUUGAUCAAAUUUUUGCUGCUGCAGACGUAGAAUAUUUUUGUAACGUAAUGCAACUAUUUACCAAACAUUUUUUUGAUUGUUAGCAUUUUUAAAAAAUUGAAUGUUUGUUCAGCUGUGUUAACCUAGAUGUGGCAUCUGUUACUGGCUUCUUUUUAAAAAAGCUGGAUGACAUAGCACUUUGAUAAUUGCACAUUGUGUAUCCUUAUGGCAUGGCAAUGUUCGGAAUUCUGAAUAAUCUGAAUUAUUGAUUAUGAUGUUUACAGCUGUUAGUAGUUUAUGUUUUAGAUUUUUUUUCUAUGUCCUUGUUUGUUUCGUUUAUGCAUGUUUGUAACAGAAUGAGUGGUGCAAGUACAAUGUGUUUGUAAACUAUAAAACACUCUUGAAAAACUAAUGGUUUUGUGGUUUAUUAGCUUUUUGCAACACAUUAAGCCUGAAGACAGUGAUACAGUUAUUUAGAACAAACUUGAGACACUUUUUAGAAUUUGUUUCCAUUGGUGUGAUAAGUCAUUGAACAAGGAAUGUCACUGGAGCCAGUGUUUUGACAAGGGGACUUUUCAUGUCCCCCCAUGACAAAGACAAAUCCCUUUGUCAAAACUUAUCAUCACUUCAAGUCUCCAUCUUUCCCUGAACAUUCGACUUUUGUUUUGAAGCACAAGUGUUUCAGCUCACAGAGCAACAAAUUGAGGGGUCAGGGAAGGGAUGUAACUUUAGUAACAGUUUGGGCGAGGCUACAUGUAGCGUCUUGUAGUUGUAAAGCACUGUUGUUGUUGGUGUGGUUGAUGUACUGUUGGCUUGAAUUUACUGUGGCUACAGUGAUACACCUUAUAUGGUUCAAUUGCUGGGAAACUGUAAAAAUAAUUUGAAUCAAAAACAGCUCUUUUUCUUCACAUCUGUUGAUUUCUUUAUGUGGGUUUUAUAGUUUUGUGCCAUGUCUUACAUGAAGCUCCUGCUGCACUUGCUCAUCAUUAGAGAAGUAGAAAUUAUGAACCACGUGAGGUGACCAGCCACAGUAAUGUACAUAUCUUCAUUUACCUCUGUGUGUGCAUGAUGCAUCUUUCACUGCUCACAUUUCAUUAAACAAACAGAUGCAGGAAUGUGUUAUUAGUUUGCCCGAGCAGAAACAGUUUGACAAAUGGAAAUCACACUCAUGAAGCAGUAAAACUUCAAAAGCAUAGGAAUGCGCUUUGUUCACAACAAAUGCUAUGCACAUUCAGGAAAUGAAUUCUUCGGUGUAAUAAUGAUCUUUAGUGUCAGCUUGCACUGUCGUUUCAGUAUGUCUGAGCUCUACUUUGCUAUUGUUUUCUGAGGACCUCUCUUUUGUCCUUUGUCCUCUUAUUAGGCAUAGUUUACCAAAGAAAAGUGAACAAGAAAUGUUCUUGCUGGAAUGCCUUUCAUGUUUUUCUUGAGACUUUUUGUUGGCGGCAGUUGAAAUUCGAGUAUUGGGUUAGGGUACAUUAGUAUCCAUCUCCAAUAGCCAUUGCAAUCUAAAUUGAACAUUGGCAUAUAGUCCCCAUGUGUACCACAUUGUUUUUGUGUGUAUGUGUGUGUGCCAUAUGCAUGCCUAGUUUUAAUUUUUUUCUUUUUAAUUGUCUCAUGUUACCUUCAUGUUGUGUCCCCUUGUCAAGACUUCUGGCACUUGCAUGGUACUGCAUAGAUUUUUUUCUCACUUUUCAUUGUGCUUUCUUUGGAUUAGUGUUUUCUUCCGUUGUAUUUGUUUUAUUUCGUUAACUUGUUGUGAUUACAUGUUGUGUUUGUAAGAACCCACGCACAUUUAGAUGCAGCAGUUCAGUUUAGCUUUCACAGGAGUGCUGGUAUCGGUGUACGAACAAAGCCUAGUAGUCGUUACUGCAGUAUGUCACAUGUCCCUUUGUUUUGCUUUCAGUACACUGUGCGAGAGAACUAGUGCUAAGUUUUUGCCAACUUCUUUUAGAAAAAACAUCACAAGCUUGGUCCCCUAUAUCAUGCCUCUCAAAGGGUUCCUUAACCACCCCUCGUGCUUGGUGAAAAAACACAUACAGCAGAAAGCAGACGCUGCUGUAAACAGUUCAGCCAAAUCUUGCAGUUGAGCGCGGCAAGGGGAGUUCAAAAGUGGAGCCUGAAGUUGCCGCUUUCUCAAGUGCCCUCUCUUCAUACCGAGGCCCAUAUUCACUCUCUUUGGAGGGCUGUCAUAAAGCAGAUCUUUCGUCACAACAUAUUGCUGCUAUUGGUCAACAGCUGGUAUAAACCAAGAGCGCGCUUACACUACAGCGCUCCAGAAUCACACCUGGACAGAGAGAUCGUGUUUUAUGGCGCACGUGUAACGUAGCUUCUUUCCCCCGUUUCAUCACUCCCUGUGUAGCUUCCAGCGCACUAGUUGGGACGAAAGAAGAGAGAAAGCGCUUAAAGUGUGCGACAAAUCCCUGCAACUCCACUCGUUCUUGACGGAUUCGAAAAAUUUUUGCAGUGGUCAAUUCGUGAGGCUGAUCAAUUCGUAAACUGAUUACUUGGAAAAGUGGUUCAGGACCCCUUUAGGCAUAUUUCUUUUAUACAUGGGCUAUGUACUGACUGCUUUAUGUUACAUGAUCUAUGUAAUGCAUAAGAUAUGCCUAAUUAAUUUUUAUAGCUGUACUUAAGGAGGUCUUCUGUUAGAUACUAGCCUUGAUAGUUACAUCUGUGUGUUGAUGUUCCAGUGCGUGUUUCACAGCAUGUUCGUCUGCAAGCACUGGGAAACGCCUUUCUUUUUUUUCAAAUGCCCAUG